UAACAAUCAAAUCAAUAAUUUUCCUUAAUUGGCAAUUUGGCAUGAUGAUCAUCAAGUUAACACAACAAUCAAACUUGAUGAUCUUCUAGUGAUCAUCUCUCCGAUUUGGGCCGACAAAAAUCUGAUGAUAAAUGAAUGCCACAAUGCACAAGCACCGACCACAUGCAUGCAGUGUCUUGAAUCCGACCCAACCUCCGUUCAUGCUGACCCUGUUGGUAUCGCCGGAGUCGUCAUACACUGUCUCGACUCUCGCCUUAAUUAAUAUCAUCAUCAACAACCUAACGGAACUAUCGUCAAAGGAAGACAAAGCUGAAGUUAAGAAAGUUUUGAAGGCUUGCAAACAGGACUUGUCCAUGAAGGUACCUAAAAAACUAUCGGAAGCCAAAACGGAUCUGAGAAGCGGUGAUUACGACAAAGCCGCUAGAUCGAUAAUGCUUGCACUUAGCUACCCUUGGAGCUGUCGGUCCAAUCUCCAGAGUGUCAAGUUUGAUGAGUAUUUGUAUGAGGAGUCAUUGGAGCUAUUUAGCCAAAUCAACAUAUAUGCCCAACUCUCUGAUGCUGCUAUGAGGAUCAUUGAUCGCUUCUAAACUCAACAUACAAAUAGUCAUUGGAGCUAAUAACCUCCCAUCUCUUUCUUUUUCUCUAUGUACGAAACUCAACAUCGACGCUUAAUUACCCCAAUUAAAAUAAAAUGAUU